UUCUAUGAAAUGAAACUCAGCGGGAAAAGACUCCCGACUUCCCCCCGUCGCAGGACUACAAAGGGAGUGGGGUGUUUGUCUCUGGUCUCAAAAGAGGUGCAAACACAAGAGGAAGAAGGUGUCUUCAUUUUAUGCAACUUUAAAAAUUCAGAGGGCUAAGUCAAACACUGGCAGAAGAAAAUGUUGACCCGUCGAAGUCUUCACUCUCUGCAGCUGCUUCUACUACUUUGUGUCUCUGCAGGCGCAAUGAAAUUUAACCUGUUCAACAGAAACCACAGCCCGAAGGAAGGCGACGUGAGACUGUCCGGCUCCACAGACGGGUCUGAGGGUCGAGUGGAGGUCUACCAUGAGGGUCGAUGGGGGACGGUGUGUGACGACAACUGGGACAUGGCUGAGGCUCAGGUGGUGUGUCGCCAGCUGAACUUCCCCGGGGCCAAAUCUGUGAUCAUCGGGAGGCAGUACCAACAAGCACCUGGACCCAUCUGGCUGGAUGAUAUUAACUGUAACGGCACAGAAAAGCAUCUGGUUAAAUGUGAAUUUAAAAGCUGGGGAGAAACUGACUGCAGUCAUAAGGAAGAUGUGGGAGUUCUUUGUCAAACAGGAAGCACCAAUGAGACCAUCAAUGAUUCUACACACUCACUGGACCACAGCAUCAGUCUGUCGGACGACCUUGGACAGAUCUUUGACAGUGGGAACGGCUGUGACUUCUUGAUCUUAGUCCGAAGCCCCACUGGAAACAUCCAGGAGAACGGGACCACAGAGAUGGCUGAGACAAAGAUCUGUGCACACAAAACGAUCCUCUCACAGUUUCCCCUUUUCAAUGCUUCUGGAGGAAUCUCCAACAUCACGGUAGACGUCAGUUCAUCAUGCCAACUGCUUUUUUCUUCUUUCAUCAGGUACAUUUACACCCGUAAGAUAGACGUGACCCUGUCCUCUGCAAUCUGUGUCCACUGGAUGGCGUCGACCUUUGGGGUGAAGCAGCUGAUGGAGGAUGUAGGUCGGCUGUUUUCUAAAGUCAUCCCAGAUGACAGCACCUUUCACAACCAGGUGUCCAUUUACAACUACGCCGUGGAGACUGGCGAUUUAAUUCUCAAGGAAACCUGUGUCCAGUUCCUGGCCUGGAACUACCAAAACCUGACCAGGUCUCCAGCUUGGAAUAGCCUUCCUGUAGAGCUUCUUGGAGCUCUUCUACCCCGAUCAGAUUUGGUGGCAGCAGAUGAGUAUUUUGUGCUUCAGUCUGUAGAGAGAUGGAUCACAGAGCAAAAGGGCUCCAUCAGUUUGGAAAUCCAGGCUGAGCUGUUGAGCCACAUUCGCUUUCCGAUGAUCCCUGCUGAGAAACUGUAUGAGCUGGAGUCCAACUCCUCCCUGUACAGCUCACACAAGAACAUGUAUCGUGAAAAAAUGUUGACAGCGUUUCAGUUUAAUAUUCUGCUUUUUAGCAAACUGGCCACCAAUCCAAAAUUCAGCAAAGACAGUGCUGAUUAUCAGCCCAGGAUCUAUACUGCUGAGCCCUGGAGCGCUGCCGUUGACCCUUCAAAGAAAAGACCUUCAUAUGACCAUCAAAUUAAUACUCACAGAAGGUACGGAUAUCAAUACGACUCUUACUAUGUCUAUCCUACUCCCUCUCCAUAUGCUCCAUCAGUAUCAUUCAGUACGCCUGUCCACAGCAGCCUGAUCUUUAAGAAUAAUAUGAUCAAAUGGCAGGCAAAUAUCUUCAAGAGCCAGAACGAAUGUUCAAGGAAUGGUCUGCGCUGCGAGUCGUUUCCUGUCGCAUGGCUGGCUCCUAACCACAACCCUAACAACAUGUUGUAUCGCAAUCGUGUCAUGAUGAUGUGCAAGGGCACGGUGUGUCAGGUUCAGGGCUUCAAAGGCAACCUGGCUCCCAUUGCGACAAAUGGUACUUCAUGCCUGUGUUCUGAUGAGCAGUACACAUACCGAGUUGUUGUGAGACCAGAGUAUGUCUGACAGGCUGAAUCAGUCUCAAUCAAUGAAUCGUUCUGAAAUAAUCUCUUUCAUCACAAUCAUGUAGAUUUUCAUCGCCACAUAGUUUGAGGGAUUUGUUUUGGGGGGCUUCAGCAGCAUAUACUCACAUAUAUUCACAUAGUAGUCAUUCACACAUGACAUGUCGUCAUGGAAACAUGCACGAAUAAUUAAAUCAUCUGGACAUAUUUGCAAGAGAAGACGCAGACACAUAUUUACAGCCAGACACACACACACAUAUAAGGAAAGACAUAUGUUACAAGCAUUUAUGACUGGAGUAGGGAAAUUCCAUGCUUAUACUUCAAUGUGAAAUAUCUGGGGUUUUUUUUUCUUUACAGCUCGAUCACUUUAUCAUGUUUGGUAUUUUUGAUGUUAAAACAAUAAAAUGUAUGAUAUCAACACA